AUGGGAGAUAACCUCUCUGAGGCGGACAAGAUCCGCAGCAAACGCCUCGCCAAACUUUCGAAUCCAUCACCGUCCGCGCAAUCGGGCAGUGGUGAGCCGUCAUCCGCGGCGCCGGAAACAUCACAACAACAACCUAGUAGGAGCAACACUCCGUUAUCCACAUCAAGACAGGGUCCGCAAGAAGGAUCGGAAGAGAAACGAAUCAAGAUUACACCAUCGACCUCCACGCCUGCCCGACCACAACCCUCCCUCACCCCCGUCUCAAACACUCCCCCCCCCGCAAAGGCAGAAGACACGCUCGAAGCGUUUGAGGACAGAACAUUAUGCGCCGUAUUCAAGUUGACGUUAAAUGAGGACCGACAGAAGGAUAUACAUGGGCAGAGAUUGACGUUUCUUCCUGGGCUGCGCAGCGAAUUACAAGACCAGGGCCGAAGUUUGCGUAUAGACGCCUCUGUUCUUGACCAGGCUCUUCUGGAGGCUGCAUCUAGCCAACCAGAGGGUAAACCGCUGGACUAUUUAUUACCGUGCUGGAAGCGGAUAACGAGGCUGCACAAGGGGUUUCGACGCGCUCGAGAAGACGACCCCAAAUUUCAGGCGAUCUGCGAGGCUAGGCGCUUGUGUAUGAGCUACUGCAUCUUCGCUCUCACGAUGCCGGAGAUGUUUGGGAUCGAUCCCACCGGGCUGUCGCCCAUCAAGCCCUAUCUCCUCCUGGAACCCGAAGAUGACAAAGGAGUGGAUCUUGAGUUCCUUGGUGAAGCUGUCAAGAGGUUUGAGGAGGAUGAGUCCGUUAAGCCGGCCUUUAUCGCCGCUGUUGAGGAGUUAAGCCGGGAUCUCUCCUCCAUGGGCAUUGGCGAUGAUUACAAGCCAUAUGUGACAGCCCUGCGAAACCUCGUGCGUCAUUCUGUCAUUGCUGUGGCAAUCACAGAGUCGGAAGUCUUCAACGCGUCGCGGGAUCCCGUGUCAUUCGAGAAGGACACCCUUCUUGGACCGUGGUUUCGCUUGUCACCCUUACAACGUGAUGCUACGCUAUCUUUCUUUUCAAGUCCCAAGACAAGGGAUCAAGCAUACAUCCUGAAUGCGCAACGGUCAGUUCGCAUGGUUCAGCAGCUCAUCAGCUCUGAUCUCUUAGAUGUUAUGAACCACCUGGUCAGGGCGUCGCCAGAGGCGAGAAAUAGAGUUUUGGACUGGUUCGCGACUGCUUUGAACAUCAACCAUAAAAUACGGGCAAUGCAAGUAGACCCAAACACUGUUGCUUCUGACGGCUUCAUGUUCAACCUUACCACGUGUCUUGAUCAGCUCUGUCAGCCUUUCAUGGAUGCGAAUUUCACCAAGGUUGAUAGGAUUGAUAUCGGGUACUUACACCGGAACCCUCGUGUUGACAUCAAGGGCGAGACUAAGAUCAAUGCUGAUCAGCAUGCUUCUGAUGCUUUCUAUGCUAAAAAGUCGGAAGGCACAUCUAACUUCAUUACCGAGAUUUUCUUCCUCACUGUGGCCGCCCAUCAUUAUGGAAGCGAGUCAUUAACCUCUAAGCUGGAGACGCUGGAGCAAGAUCUCAAACAUCUAGAAUCAACACUUGCCAAGUUUGAGGCAGAGCGGCAUAAAUAUGUGAACAACCCAUUGCAGCUUAGGCUCUUCGAGACUCAUUUGAAGAAGUACAAGGACCGAGUGGAUCUGGGAUACGCCCUGAAAUACAGCCUUCAGGGGGUGCUGUUUGACGAUCAAUGGCAAUUCCGCUCAAUGACAUUUAUGCGCUAUGUCAUCGUCUGGUUGCUCCGGGUAGCCUCCGGAAAAAACUUUCCAAAGGAACAAAUCUCUUUACCUCUUCCGGAAGAACCAUCGGAAUCUUUCAGGUGUCUUCCUGAGUACUUUGUGGAUGAUAUCGUCAGCAACUUCAAGUUCAUAAUGUGGAGCAUGCCCCAAAUCGUUACUGCUGCGCAGGGCGACGAGCUGGUUAUGCUGUGCAUUGCAUUCUUGGAGAGCUCGGAUUACAUCAAGAAUCCUUAUCUCAAAGCGGGUCUCGUCUCAAUCUUGUAUCAAGGAACAUGGUCUCGCCCUGGUGGUGGAACCGGCGUCUUGGUGGAUCUACUCAACUCUAUGCCUUUCGCUAACGAGUAUUUGCUGCAUGCUUUAAUGAAGUUCUACAUUGAAGCUGAACAUACAGGUACACACAACCAGUUUUACGACAAAUUCAACAUUCGUUACGAGAUUUUCCAGAUCAUCAAGUGUGUUUGGCCCAAUACGCUUUACCGGACGAAGCUGCUCAACCAGGCCAAGCGGAACCUGGACUUUUUUGUUCAAUUUGUCAACCUGCUCUUGAACGAUGUUACCUAUGUUCUAGAUGAGUCAUUUGGCAGUUUCAAGAUAAUCAACACCACGCAACUGGAGUUGCGCAAUGAAGGAGCUGGCAUGGAUCCCACCGUGCGCCAGGAGAGAGAAGGGCGACUCGCGUCGGCACAACGGACUGCGAAAAUGUACAUGCAGCUGACGAACGAAACCGUUGCUAUGCUCAAGCUUUUCACAGAAACACUAGCAGAGUCCUUCACCAUGCCAGAAAUCGUGCAGAGAUUGGCAGACAUGCUUGAUUAUAACUUGGACGCCAUGGUGGGACCGAAGAGCUCCAAUUUGCGCGUGGAAAAUCUGAAUGAAUACGGUUUCAGACCACGAGCCUUGUUGAGUGAGAUCGUCGAUGUAUACCUGAAUUUGAUGAACAAGCAGAACUUCAUCGUCGCUGUUGCACGAGACGGACGCUCAUACAAGCCUGCUAACUUUGAGAAGGCGACUGAAAUUUUGCGAAAGUGGUCAUUGAAGUCUCCUGAGGAGUUGAAGCGCUGGGAUCAGCUUCAAAUCAAGGUGAGAGAGGCCAAGGAGGCGGAUGAGCAGGAGGAACAGGAUCUAGGAGAGAUUCCUGAUGAGUUCUUGGACCCCUUGAUGUACACACUGAUGCAAGAUCCUGUCAUCCUUCCUGCAUCGAAGAUGUCCAUUGACCGGGCUACCAUACGUUCUCAUCUCCUGAGUGACCCGCAUGAUCCGUUCAAUCGAGUUCCACUGAAGAUGGAGGAUGUUACGCCUGAUAUUGGCCUCAAAGCGAAGAUCGAGGAAUUCAAGAGGCAAAAGUUGGCGGAGCGACGAGGGGAACAGGGCCAAGUGGCGGUUGACAGCAUGGACACGUCUACUGGCUGA